UUUUAUAUAUACAUGACAGGAAAUGAUUAACAAACAGGAAACAAGAAAUGAAUCUUGAUGGAAGUGACGUUGAUGGUGAGACGGUGAGAAUAAUCUGGAGCCAGAAAUUAAGUCAUUGGUAAGGGACUAGAAGUGAAGUCAUCAACUGGAACCGGAAGUGAUAUCUUUGGAAAGGGUGCUGGAAGUGCAGUCAUCAGAGGAAGCCAGAACGGACUUUACCACGUAUGCUUUACAUCAAGAGAUGUAUACCCCUGAAACAUUUGAGCUAUCACCAGGAUUCCAGUUAUUUCUUAAAGGUCAGCCACUAGCACUUGGGGUAGUGCAGAUCAUGAUCGGAAUAAACCACAUUGUAUUUGGUGCAAUUCUGGGAAAUCUAAAUUCAUAUGCAGUUUAUUGUAAAGUUCCACAUUGGGCAAGUUCAGUGAGUAUAUGUUCUGGAUACCAAUGCCUUGCUGCUAUCAAGAAUUCUACUUCUAAACUGAUCAAAAUCGCCUUAUUUGUCAACAUUAUUGCUGUUAUAUUAAGUGCAGCUGCAAUAGCCUUGUAUUUAAUUGAUUUAAUGAUUCCGUAUCCUUACCAAUGCAGUUUUCCCAUUAAUAAUUCCACAAACAUCAGCGACUGCCUAAUAAUCAGAAACAUGGCAAUGAUUGGACAACAUGGAAUUGCAGGUGCUCUAUUAACAUUUUCAUGUCUGGAGUUCUGUGUGGCUUCUGUUAUAUCUUACUGUGGAAUAAAAGCUGUUUCAUACAAGGUUGAAAUGACUGGAAUUGCUAUCCACUAGAUUUUUAAAAAGCAAAAGAUAAUGAGAAGGUUCUUAUAAAAGGACAUUUUUUUCUUCAGUUUCUCAAAGUCACAUCCUUGGCAUUAUAUCAUAUUUUCCUACAUCCUGUAUACCACAUAUUUUGGCUUUAUUCCUUUGCAGGCUUUCUCAUUCUUGCCUGACAUAAGAUUCCAACAACUAACUGUAAAGACAUUUUUAAUGUUUACUACCACAAACAGUCGUACAUAGUG